AAACUAUGAAAAUUAAAUUUUUAUUAACAUCGGAUUGAAAUCAAACAAGUUUUAUUAAUUUUUCAAUUGAGAAUUCUUCCCUCGUUUGUUUGACAGUUCUCUGGACAAUCGGAUUUCCAUGUCGUUUCCAUCAUUUUUAUUCUUUCAGACUUUGUUGCAGAGAGUGAGAAGUUAUUUCACGAAUGUCGUGUGAAUUCAGAAUGCGGCCCCGCUGCACGUCACACACGUAGGUAGAGCCGUCCAAGUUGGAGAGGGGCACACGUAGAUAGCACGUUGCUUACUCGUUCCUCGUUCUAUGCAACGUACGCGUACGUACGUUUGUCGUUCACCGGUAGUUGACGAUUGCGCACCAAGUCCGCCGCUUUGGUUCGCGAAAGACGCGAUUAAUCGUCCUUUCGGGCUCGACUCGUCGCCUCCCCGAGUUUCAUCGACAACGCCUGUGAAUGCCGUGUAGGUAUAUCCACGUGAUGUGGCCUGCUCUCGUCAUGAGAUCCUGCCCUGGCCGAUGAAUGGUGCACGAUGUCCUUUCCGGCCCGUGGGGCCGAGCUCUAAUCAUCGUUGUGGCAGCGUUCGCCGUCGUCGUCUUGUUGCUCGUGAUCGCCUGUUUCCUCGUGCCAGGAUGCCUCGGAUACAAAUGCAUCAGAAGACAAAAGAGAGAGGCGAAAAGUGUGCCGUCGUUGCGCGUCAAGAGCAAACAGAAUGAGAACGUCAAGUUGAACGAUGUCAGCUACAGAUCGUGGAGAUUGGGCAGCCUGUACGGGGGCAGCAGCAACGAAUUUGGUAGAGAGGGAGAUAGCAAAUAACAAGCAGAAACAAAAGGACAGAAAACAAAAGGAAUUCCCGACAGAACUGACGAUAAGCUUGCAGUACCUGCCACCAUGUGACGAGACUAUCACCGGGAAACUCGUUAUCGGUAUCGAGGCGUUAUCCGGUCUUCCGCCGAAGCAAUACAACUGCACGUUGGAGCCGUACGUGGCUCUAAACAUAACGAAACAGUCGUGGAGUCACAGGAAACGGGAGAAGUUACACAGUUUUCGAACGAGGAGUGUCAGGCAUACCGCGAAUCCCGUUUUUAAGGAGACGUUCGUCGUGGCGAACGUGAUGCCUCACGACGUUAAGGAAUGGAUUCUCGACUUUGCGGCGUACGAUCACGACAGAUACGCCAACGACACGGAACUGAGCUCGUUCAAGGUGUCGUUGAAAGAGGCGAAGCAUGUUCUACAAAGCCCGGAAAUUCACAUGUUCAACUUCAGAAUGAAGCCGUCCAAUUUGGAUCUUGGGAAUAUUUUGUUAGCCGUAAGUUAUUUACCGACAGCGCAGAGACUGACUGUAAACGUAAUGAAAGUGCGCGACGUGAAGUUUACGCCAACAGUGUCGAGUUUCAAAGACUUUAGCUUUUACGUCAGGGUAUUGAUGCUCAAUGGCAGAACAGGGCAACGAAUGAAGAAGAAGAAAACCAAAUUCGUCACCGCGAACUCGCAGCCGGAAUUUAACGAGACCUUGACGUUUGACGUGUCGUACAAUCAAUUGGACAUCGUGCAGUUUCUUGUGAUACUAUCCAGCAGAGUGCGUAUCUAUCCCGACGACAAUUUACAAACGCGGAAUAAACGAAAUCUCGCCGCGCCUGUCGAGGUUGCUGCUAGCAGCAUGGAGCAUCCGAGUGACAGCGAGGAUUCGGUGACAUCUGUCCAAAAAUGGAAAGACAUUUCCAUCGGCAAAGUGGCGCUUGGCAAGGGAGUCAGAGGCUCAACAGAAAGGUUACAUUGGUUCUCUGUACUUCAAAACCCUAGAAAGCUAGUUACCGUGUGGCACGUGUUGAAAUAACCGGUGAACAUUGCUUGUGGCUCAAGUGCUGAACGAAGAAGAAUGACGGAACUAUAUAAGGCGGAUAAUCCAACGUUAUUGCUCAAAUUUUCUGAUGAGUGAUACAUCCGGUGACAUCGCUAUUGUGCUACCACAUUGAAAGAAAUUUGACAAGGACAUACAAAAAUAUUUAUUUUCAAAUAGAAUUUAACGAAGGAAGUAGAACGUGUCGCAUAGUAUUACUGCUGAAAAUUCAGAUAGAAAAAAUAUUUCUAUAUGUACGUUUCUUACAGAUCGAAGACAAAAAAAACGACAAAUGCGUUAGGUAGUUUAAGGGUUGAACAGUGCCAUACAAUAUUUAUUGUUAGACGACUAAAGUUUCCAAGGAUACACAUUUGUGCCGAAAAGUAAGACCAUUGUGCAAACGAUUUACUCAAAAGUACCUGAAUUACGAAUCUUUCAUUUCUUCUUUUUUUUUCUUUUUCU